AGGAUGCUUGCUCGCAGUGAAGCACGGCGAGCUAUGCUGGCAGCCAAGCUUGCUGAAGACGGCACUGGCAAGAAGAAGAGUUUAGAUAAAGAGAAUAUCCCAAAACCUCAUGUUGGACUGGCUCUUAGCUCAGACUGCAAGCACAAAGGAAACAAAAGUGAAGACACAACUGUUCCUUUGAAUGAGAGGUCAACAACUGCACAGCAAGAUCAGAACCAGAGACUAAAUCCUCCUCCACCUGCUCCACCAAUGCCUUCCAGUCCCAUCAAAUCAUCGCUGAAUGCCUCCCCUUCCAAAUCCUGCAACUAUCCUUCCAUUGCCAAGUCCCCUAACAAAACUGACGCUCCUUCAUCUGGUCAACGUCCCAUGUCAGGCUCAUGCCUGCAGCCACAGCCUGUCCAAACCUCUGCUGCAUCUCCGCCCUCGGCAUCUGGCAGAGGUUUCAAGGCUCUUGCCCGCAGACAACGAGAGAUGCAGGCAUGGGAGGAUGACUAUGCUUAUCACUCUUCUGGCUCGGGCUCUAAGGUAUCAAGUAAAUCUCCUAGUACUAACCCUUCUUUGCAUGGACCAACCAAUUGCACUUCUGCUGCCGCUCCUGCUGCUACUAAUUCCUCUGUAGAGUUCAGCAGAUCAGCUAGUAGUUAUACUGCUUCUUCUUGUGUAGUUGAACCUACUCCUUGCUGCGAGUCCUUGCCAUCUGAAGGCCGGUCUAUGCAUGCUGACACUAGCAAGACUAGUUCUGCCCAAAGCAACACUGCAGAGAAAACUAGCCCCGGCACUCCCACUUAUCAUUAUGGAGAAGCGCCUGUGUUAUCUCCUGAGAAGGAACAAGCUAUUGAGUUGGCGCUCCACAAGCCCAGACUGGCGAGCACUGACCUGGACCAGGCAUUGGCUGCUAGCACUAAAGUGCUGCCUACUUCUGGGCCUGUCAGGCCUAACAGGGACAUGUCUCCAGCCUCUAAAAUGUUCUGGGAUCGCAAACUCAUCGACUCGCUUGAGGCACAAGGCUACACUCCUGAGUCCAAAUCGCGCCUUGUGUACGAGUUCAAGAAAGAAUAUGACAAGCGUGAACAGGAGCCCGGCGCAGCGCCCCCCGCGCCUCCCUCUACAGGACGCGCAUGCCGUCCCGUCUCUGCUGGCGAUCACAGCGCCCCUUGCAGUUCUGUUCAGGACCCAUCGCUUGGUCUGUCAGGUCUCAGCUCCGCGCCCAAGAUCUUAUCUUGUGUGCUGAAAACAACGCCAAACUCUGACGUUGCUGAAGCAAGCACUCGUUCCAACCAAAUGAGAGCGACGAGCCCCAAGUUGGUAGAGCGGCUCUGCAGUCGUUGGGAAGAGCAGAUCCGUGAGAGCUCGCCUGACCGACAGCACGUCAGGGCGCGAUCCUGCAGUCCUAAAAAGGCCGUGACCGCGUCCUCUACGGCCACAAGUCCGCAGAAGGCACAAGUCUUUGGACCGAAUGGUAUCCCUAGCUCCGGGAGACAGUUUCAGCCCCAGACUGCUGCCAGAGGCCGAUCUGUGAGUCCUGUCAAGAAUGCGAGUGUUGCUGCCGCUCCUCCAGCCAGCGCGGUGGCGUCUGGUGCAGCUGGUCGUGGCAGGAGCCCCACAAAACAACCUGUUUCUUCUGGCGCUGGCGGCCGCGAGAUUGUGAAGGGAGUUUGUCCUAUGCCUGAAACCGUGCCUCUGUUGGAUGCUCCUCAUCAGUCUUCUGUUAAGGAACGAGCUGCUGCCUUCGCUGUCGCCAUGGGCGCCCCGGCUGAGGCCGUGGCCAAGAAGGACCCUGCAGAGCUGUCCGUGCAAGGCCGGCGUCAGAUAUUCGAGAAGCGUGGCGAGGACGCGCUGCUGCCUAAAGCCCCAUUUGGACAGCCUGUUCCUGCUAAGAUGCUGCAGAGUUGCGGCCCAGCUCCAGCAUACAAGAAAGCACCAGCCAGCGUCCACCACUCUGUGCCUGCGAUGCCCAGCUCUGCACGACACGCCGCUCCCUCUGGAGGCAGCACUGUAUCGAGGUACCGCGACGCUCUGGAGGUGAGGGCGUCUACUGCAGUUGAGACUGCUGUCACAAGCGAUGACGCCUGGCAGCAGCAGAAGCGCAGGGAGAUGGAGGCGCUGCGCAACAGAUUCUCCAAGGCAGACACUCCUCAAAUUGAGGACCAUGAACACUCAGACUCCGAGUAUCCAGAGAGUGAAGAUUCCUACUGUGCCAGCACGGAGCCUCUCUCUCCAGGACCUCCAAAGCCUCCACGAACUUAUGCUGAGGAACUUCCCCCCUACACUGAUGACUGCAUGCCCCCUCCCCCUUGCUACUGGCAAUCCCACAACGAGAAGAGCUUCGAGCUGUGCGUCAAGCCUGGCUGUCUCUACCCUGGACUUUCUGAUUUUGAGUCCCUUUCUGAUAAGGAGAAUUUCCCUGAUGAAAGCUCGUGCAGCAGUGAGGCCACUGUUGACGCUACUUGCAUCUCAGUCGACAGCCUGGGCACUAAAAUACAGAAAAUUGCUCAGAGCAACAGAGACAACCAAAGGAUUAUGACGACACUUCCAGAGAACGCUGAAGAAAUGGACGAGACCGAGGCUUGCAGUGACACCAGCGCCGCUCUGGACGAGGCUUUCAGUGAUGACAGUGCAUCUCACGUCACGCCUCCUAAGCGACACCGCGAAGAACAGGGCGACGCGGUGCAGGGCCACAACCAAUACAAGACGCCGCGCAUCAGCGCCUCGCCUUCCAAGCCAGACUCGGGCAGUCAGACGCCCCUCGUCCACACCGUCUCCAUGUACAGAAAGCAACGACAAGCUGAGAUGUCUUGCACUCCAGUGCGCCAGGUGAUCCAUCGGCCCGCACAGAGGGAGGUGUGCAGUCCUGCUAGUCCUGCCCCUGAGAGUCCUUCCGUAGCUGCUUCUGCUAAAAUAAGAGUCCUCUACGAACAGGAAAGCAACGAGCUGCGCAUCAUGCAGCAAGCAUGCGUCGCGGCGUGUGUGGCCGAGCAAAGGCUGGAGCUCCGCGGUGACACUCAUCACGUCGAGGCUGAGAAGCUCCUGCUGGUGGCUACGCACCGCCGCAUGGCACUGCUGGCCGAGAUACAGCGCGUCAAAACCGAGGCCGCCAUGCUUUCCAUGAACUGCGACGACGACUCGGACACAACGCAGGGCAGCGUGCACAUCUCCAACAUUACACUGCCACUUAACCAAGACUUCCUUAAAAGAGGCAUCAACGAAGGCAAUCACCAUGUGCUGGUUCUGGUGAAGCAACGGGAUGUUGUGUUGGCCACGGAUGUGCAGAGCACGCCUAGUUGUGUUAUCAAUGGCGUCAUCAGUUUCCCCAACAACGUCGCUCUAGAAAACCUAAAGCCAGACUUUGCCAUUGUUGUCGAAGUUUAUGGCUUUAAGAUGACUUCUCCCGUUACUACGCCGCACAGUAACCUCAAAAAAGAUCAAAGUCGCUUGAAGUUGACGCCUCUGAAGCGCCUGCAGCAGCAUCAGCGCAACGAUCGUGGCUCGCCCAUCAGCAGUGGCACUUCGUCCUCUAGCUCCCGCCCCUCCGCCUUCCAUCUCCUGGGCUUCACCAACCUCACCAUAGCGUCCCUAGACAGGGGCGCUUGGGCUCUUGAGAAGGUUCCGUCGGUGUCGCCUUUCAGUGGGCACCUGCUGAUGAAGGUGCAGGUGAGCAUGCAAGGAGGCAUCUCGUUCCGAGGCUUCCUGACGGUCUUCCAGGACGUAGGAGGACUGGGCGCCUGGACGCGGCGCUGGGCGGUGCUGGACGGCCCGUCGCUCAAAUUCUGGAGCUAUCCAGACCAGGAGAAUAAGCAGGAUUGCGUUCAGUUCGUACCCCUGAAGUUGGUGAGCACGCGCCGUGUGGAGCUGGUCUCUCGAGACGUGUGUGCGCGGCCCCACACUAUGCUUAUGACGACCAUUAGACCCACCGAGGCUGGCGACACCAACUCUCUUGUCACUGAGAUCGCUGCCAACACCACCAUAACCAAGCUUUUGUUGUCAGCGGACAGCUCGGAGGAGCGAGUAGAGUGGUGCCGCAAGUUCAACGUCGCACUGGCCAAUAUUCGGGCUUGGGACCCUCAAGCCACCAGACCUGAUCAUUACCGUGUCUAGAAAAGCGCCUGCGGCAUUACACUACCUGGACAUCAGUCUGAUGCAGACAAGGCUUAAUCCGUAUGAAGCGAAGAGUAUAUUCGGUGUGUAAUUUACUGAAGGGAAAUAUGCCCCUACCGUUUUGAUUAUAUGAAACCGUUUUUGAUUAUAUGAAUCAAAACUACCGUUUGAUUAUAUGAAAAUGAUCACGAAUGCGUGCUGGUAAACUGCGAGUAACUUCGCAAAUGUUUCGCGUUCAUUACUUAAAUAUUCAAUUUAUUGGAUAUGAGUUUCCACAGACGAAGGGAGAGGUUUAUGGUAAAAUGCAAAACAAGAUCUUCCCUUGAUUGCGAUGAUUUUUUUUUUGUAAAAUCUAUAUUCUAGUGUAGUUAAUUAUUAAGUAAGGGAUGUCAUUUGAAGGGAAUUGAUUUUAACAUUGACUCUCAGACAAGACUACAGGUGAAAUGCCUUCAAACUUUAGUGCAAAGUUUGUGUGUUCGUUGACUUGCAUUGCGGAAGCUUGUUUCUCUGCUUUUUAUGCAGUAGGUAUAUAUGAGGGUAGCAUCUGUAGGAGCUCACACCUACAGAAAAAAAUUCGUUGGUGCUUCUAACUAACUUUUUUUUAUUUGCCAAUCUGAUUAUGAAGGUUAUUUUGUGUAUGUAAAUAUAAUUUUGCGUUUUGAUUAUCAUUAAUAUAUACACCAAGGAAAAUGAACUGUGUGGCAAACACUUUCGUUCACAUCUACUCAGUUCCCAAGAAGAAUCACGUUUCAAUGUAUUUCGAUAUUAGGACACCGUUUUUGGUUUUCAAUCAUUGUUCUAACGUAAUAUAUUUUAAACCAUAUUGAUUUCGAUCUAAUGCUUGCUUGAGCUUUGUCACAUUGUGUCUCACGUUAUCUGUCUUCUACGGGAUUACCAAGUUACCAUCACGCAGCCAUAUACUACAAGCUGAAUGAUUUAUGUAUGCGUGAAGAUUCUGGAGAUAUGCUAAUGAUAAAUUUAUCUUCUGAUAUCUUUACCAUAAAUGAUUUAUAUUUGUGCAUUAGAACUUUGUUUCAAAGACUUAACUUACCGACUAACCAAUGUUUAACAUUAACGCAUUCUUUUCUUAUUCUACGGUUACUUACAAUGAGAAGCUCUCAUGGGAUAAGUCUAAACUUUUAUUAUAUUGAACUAUUCGGUAACAUGAAUAUCUUAUAUUAUGAGCUUUUCUUGGAAAACAAGAAGAAAUAAAAUUUUAUUCGCAAU